AUGGAAGAUCUCCCACCGGGAUCGCGCCUCGCGGCUGUCCGCUCGCAGCUCGCUAUUGAUAUUGACGCAGAGAAAUCUACAUGCAUCGCCGCCUCAAGCCCAGAGACUGAAGCAUUUCCACAAUAUGAUGAGGCUGCAUGCGACGAUGUCGCUUCCUUCAUCGCGGCCGAGAAACCCAAGGAGGAGGCAUGGAUCUACGCGUGCGGCAAAUUCGCCCAACAACAGAUUCGCCUGAACGACGUUGACCCGAACAUAAUUCCAUUUGUUCCGAGUGACCCGUCUGACCCUAGUCAGGUUGCCCUCGAAAAGCUGCGAAAUCUACUUGCCGACCCCCAGAUGCGCGACAUCACCCGUCGCCAGUUCAUUACUCUUCUCAACACCACCCUCGAACUGAACUCGGUCAUCUUUCAUCAGAGUGCGGAAUUCCUGGCUCCCAAGGAGGUUUCAGAUGCAAAGACUAUCUCUAAGAAAAUCCUCACCGAUCUGACCUGGAUGGAUACUUUGCUGAAAGAACAAUUGCAAAGUACGAACCGGAUCACCGCCGUUCUGGAGCGUAUCUCGCUUCAGGAUAUAUCGCCUUUUGACAAAUUCCGCAAGAUGGCCGCCUUGGUCGCUGAGACCAUGAAAAAACCCCGUGCUCUGGAAAGACGCCUACUUUUUCUGUACAUGGAUGUGUUUGAGGAAUGGGUGCACAGUCCUUUCCUCCGUCUGCGCUGCCGUCAAGUGCUCAUCAACAAGACUAUAGAUCCACCACGCUCCGAGCUCGCAUGCCAUAUCGUUGCAAUCCGGGACAUUAUCAGCUCCUGCAUUGAGGGCUACGCGUUGUUCACCUGGGCCACAAAAGAAAUCAAAACGCAGUAUUUUGCCCCCACGAUGACUCACCUUUGUGAGUCGUCGGAGGUUUGGACGAAAUGCUGGGAGGAUUAUCAGGAGGCUGAGAAGAAACAGCGCGAGCCAGCUGAGAGGGAUCCGCACCGAUCUGACACUCUCUAA